GAAACAUGAGGCUCACAACGGCCGACCAUUAACUUCUUAUGCUUUCUUUUUGCUAACACUGAAAAAAAGAGAGGUUCCCUUCCCAGUAUUUCUCUACAAUGCAACUUCUCCACGCUCCAUCUUGGCCACAUCUCUCCUUUCAAACUUCAGACCGAAAUUCAAAAGGAGGAUUGCUUUCACUUGAGAAAUGUCUUCAAUCAUCAACUGCCAAUUGUUCCUUUCAGCCUCAAAAGCUGGAAAGGUCGAUAUGGGUAUCGCAUAAAAGAAACUUUUUUAGCUUCUGUGCAACAAAAGCUACCUCAGUUGAAGCUGGUUCUUCAGCAGCAUCAAGUGGAACAGCUGAAGGUGAUGUAUUAAAAGCCUUGUCUCAAAUCAUUGAUCCAGACUUUGGAACAGAUAUUGUCACCUGUGGUUUUGUGAAAGAUCUGCUCAUUGAUGAAGCUUCUGGAGAGGUUUCCUUCCGUUUGGAGCUUACAACACCAGCAUGUCCAAUCAAGGACAUGUUUGAGCAGCAAGCAAAUGAAGUGGUGGCUAGGCUUCCAUGGGUGAAGAAGGUCACUGUGACCAUGUCAGCACAACCAGCCAAACCUAUUUUUGCCGGAGAUCUUCCAGCAGGUUUGCAGAGAAUUUCAAAUAUUGUAGCGGUUUCAAGUUGCAAGGGAGGUGUAGGAAAAUCAACGGUUGCUGUAAAUCUUGCGUAUACUUUGGCUGGAAUGGGAGCCAGAGUAGGUGUUUUUGACGCUGAUGUUUAUGGACCAAGUUUACCAACAAUGGUCUCCCCUGAAAACCGAUUGCUAGAGAUGAACCCAGAAAAGAGAACGAUCAUCCCAACAGAUUAUUUAGGAGUCAAGUUGGUAUCCUUUGGAUUUGCUGGACAAGGUCGUGCAAUAAUGCGAGGUCCAAUGGUUUCAGGGGUCAUCGAUCAACUUCUGACAACUUCAGAGUGGGGAGAGCUUGAUUAUCUUGUUAUUGACAUGCCUCCGGGAACUGGUGAUAUCCAGCUUACUCUAUGCCAGGUAGUGCCAUUGACAGCGGCUGUUAUUGUUACCACCCCUCAAAAGCUAGCAUUUAUUGAUGUUGCCAAAGGAGUUCGCAUGUUUUCCAAACUUAAGGUACCAUGUGUUGCUGUGGUUGAAAAUAUGAGUCACUUUGAUGCAGAUGGCAAACGCUACUACCCGUUUGGUCGAGGUUCAGGCUCUCAGGUUGUCCAGCAGUUUGGGAUCCCUCAUCUGUUUGAUCUUCCCAUUAGACCAACUCUUUCUGCUUCUGGUGAUAGUGGAACACCUGAAGUGGUGGCUGAUCCUCAAGGUGAAGUUGCCCAGACGUUUCAGAACCUUGGAGUAUGUGUUGUGCAACAGUGUGCCAAGAUUCGCCAGCAAGUAUCAACAGCAGUUACAUAUGACAAAUCCAUCAAGGCCAUAAGAGUUAAGGUACCGGAUUCAGAGGAAGAAUUCCUUCUGCAUCCUGCAACAGUAAGACGGAAUGACCGCUCUGCCCAAAGUGUGGAUGAGUGGACCGGGGAGCAAAAGCUGCAGUACGGUGACAUUCCAGAAGAUAUUGAACCUGAAGAAAUUCGACCUAUGGGAAACUAUGCUGUGUCAAUUACGUGGCCAGAUGGAUUUAGCCAGAUCGCUCCCUAUGAUCAGCUCCAGAUGAUAGAGCGUUUAGUGGAUGUUCCUCAACCGACAGCCGUCCAAUCAUGAUGAUAAGUUUCCUCUUUUCAUUUGUGGCCUAUUCAGAUCGAUACCAUGAUUCCAGCGAACAAGGAAUAUCAUGCAUUUCUACUACAAAGCCUGUUGGAGUCAAAUGAAACGAAAGGGAGUUUAGGACAUUACUUGAAGCACAGAGCUUCUAUGUAUUUCUAGGCAUAUGCAUGUAUGUAUUAGACUGAAAACUCUUUCAGACGUAAUUUUUCUCAAGAACUCUACGCAAAGGUUCAAGAAGCUUCACUUUACAACAAAAA